UCCCAGCGCUCCUAACCGCCCGCGCCCGCUGCUAGGCAGCGGCGGGGAUGGCGAGCCGCGGAGCCGGGGCGGUGACGAUAGCAGCGAUUCCGCCAUUGGACGAGGAGGCCUGAGGGACGGGCCAGCCUGGUGAACAAGGAGACAGCGAGGCGGGUGGCCCCGAGAGAGCGAGGGCAAUGGAGGCCAGCAUGCCGAAGCGGAAGGAGCUUGGCAAGUCCCUGCGCAUCAAAGUCAUCUCCAUGGGCAACGCUGAAGUGGGAAAAAGUUGUAUUAUAAAACGAUACUGUGAGAAAAGAUUUGUGUCUAAAUAUCUUGCAACAAUUGGAAUUGACUAUGGAGUCACAAAGGUGCAAGUCAGAGACAGAGAAAUCAAAGUUAACAUCUUUGAUAUGGCUGGCCAUCCCUUCUUCUAUGAGGUUCGUAAUGAGUUUUACAAGGAUACACAGGGUGUAAUACUGGUCUAUGAUGUUGGGCAGAAAGAUUCCUUUGAUGCCCUUGAUGCGUGGCUGGCAGAGAUGAAACAAGAUCUUGGACCUCACGGAAACAUGGAAAAUAUUGUAUUUGCAGUGUGUGCCAACAAGAUUGACUGUACCAAGCACCGCUGUGUAGAUGAAAGUGAAGGGCGUCUGUGGGCUGAAAGCAAGGGGUUCCUGUACUUUGAAACUUCAGCACAAACUGGAGAAGGAAUCAAUGAGAUGUUCCAGACCUUUUAUGUAUCCAUAGUUGAUUUAUGUGAAAAUGGCGGGAAACGUCCUUUCACGAAUAGCAGUGCUAGCUUCACCAAAGAACAAGCAGACACCAUUCGCAGAAUUCGAAACAGUAAAGACAGUUGGGACAUGUUGGGAAUCAAACCUGGGGCCUCAAGGGAUGAAGUCAACAAAGCCUAUCGGAAACUCGCCGUACUGCUUCACCCCGACAAGUGCGUGGCGCCUGGUAGUGAAGAUGCCUUCAAAGCGGUUGUGAAUGCCCGGACAGCCCUCCUGAAAAACAUCAAGUAG